UGCUUUAAUCUUGUUAUCUCUGCUCUGUUAUCGCUAACAAUGCACGUGUCUCUGGUGCAGACAGCUCCGUUAGAGAUAGCUUUAAUGGGUAUAGAUCGCGUCGAUCAGAUUGGUUAUGCUGCUGGCACUGUAAGCUGGGCUUAUCCACUAGCUGACAAACGGGAAAUGGUUCCGGAGCUGAAACUGUCGCUACUGCAAGAUCGGUUCCAACAAGAUGAUGUCAAUAUAUGGCAAAUGCAUUUAAUGCAACUCAACCUGCUGAAGAUUUUGGUUAUAUUGGAUGUGAUGAUAUUUAUAUUUGUAUGUUACGUAACGUGCAUAAAUUAA